AUGGCUUCGAGUCAGGAUGCCUGGUACCUGUCGCUCCUAGGAAUGGCUGAGUAUUUCCGCACCUCAAAUCCUCCAAACAUUAAGUGUUGCAUUCAGUGUCUUCAAGCAGUUUUCAAUUUUAAGCCACCUCUCAGAGUUGAAGCUAGGACACAUUUACAACUGGGAAACAUACUCCUAAUUCAUACAAAAAAUGUGGACCUUGCCAGAAAUCAUUUGGAGCAAGCCUGGUUUUUGUCUCAAACGAUAAGCAAUUUUGAUGAUGUUAAGUUCGAGGCGGCCAGUUUACUUUCUAACUUAUACGGAGAACAGAACCAAUAUAAUUUAGCCAAACCUAUUUUACGGAAAGCAGUAGAGUUGUCGAACGCUAACGUGUAUUGGCACUGUAGGCUGAUUUUCCAGUUAGCUUCAGUCCAUGCAAUGGAGAAGGACUAUCAAUCUGCAUGCAGUCUCUUGGGAUUUGGUGUCGACUAUGCCGAGUAUUCGUCAGCCAAUUAUACCCGUGUCUUGUUUCUCCUAAGUAAAGGAAUGCUUCUACUUAUUGCCAAACGGUAUCAAGAAGUUCAUCCAUUACUUCAACAAGCUUCAUUACUUGUGGAACAGUGGACGGGAAAUCAACACCAGAAGGAGUACCUUAAAGUUUUUUUUCUUGUCCUCCAGGUUUGCCACUAUCUUAUGGCAGGACAAAUUAAAAGUGUAAAACCAAGUCUUAAACAAUUACAACAAAGUAUUCAAACAAUUACUCAACCUUCGUGGCCAUCGGACGAAGAACUUGUCACGGAAAAUAUUGGUGACAUGUUUAUGUGGAUGCCCAAGGAGCACCUGUAUGUCCUAGUUUAUCUCAUAACUGCAAUGCAUUCCAUGCAAGGUGGAUACCUGGAUAAAGCACAAAAAUAUACGGACAAGGCCUUGAUGCAGAUUGAAAAACUAAAAAAUGCUGAUCAGAAACCAUUCAUAUUACAUACAUUUCAUAUGCUUCUGUUGGAACAAAUAAUUAUGUGCAGACUCGUUAUGGGAAAGAAAACGCUGGCGUUGCAAGAAAUUUCACAUGCGUGUGCACUGUGUCAACAGCAUCCUAAAUUGCUUGCUACUCAUAAAGCUCCACUUAACACCUUACUCGGCUUGUAUGCCAUGUCCAUGAAUUGUAUGGAGGCCGCAGAGGUUCAAUUUACAACAGCCCUGCGGACAUCCCAAGAACGUGAAUUGUGGACUUUUGUGCACUUAAAUCUCGGAAUUGUUUACCUUCGGACGAAACGGGAAACCGAAUUUCAGACAAUUUUGGAAAGGAUAAAUCCAGAAACCUUGCCUUCCGCUUCACACUCUUUACGUGCUGCCGCGUAUUAUGUUCAAGGGCUCCAGUCAUUUUUUCAGCAACGCUACAACGAUGCCAAGAGAUAUUUGAGGGAAAGUUUGAAAAUGGCAAAUGCUGAAGAUUUGAAUAGACUAACGUCAUGUUCUCUUGUACUUCUGGGUCAUAUCUUCCUAUCUCUUGGAAAUAGCAGAGAAAGUAUGAACAUGGUUACCCCCGCCAUGCAGUUAGCCUCAAAAAUCCCUGAUGUGCAUGUUCAAUUAUGGGCAACUGCAAUAUUAAGAGAUCUCUACCGAUUAUGCAGUGAAACAGGACGUGAAACGGAGAGCAUGCAAAUGCACUGCAAUUUCUCUCAGAUGCUUCUCAAAGACCAUUUUGCGGCUUCUCAGCUACCCGAACACAGUUUGAUAAACUGGUCCGAAGGAGAUUUCCCUGUUCCAGUUGGUCUUCCUACUGGUCCAAUGCCAUCAUCAUCUAGCGUUGUGCUGUGACGUACAUCGUAAAUUUUGUCUACCACCCCCAAGGGCUCAAGCAAUAUUGCAACAUCGAGACGAAAUAUGCAAAAUCAUUUUUCAUUUUUCAACAAAUGUACUGUAAAGUGGAUGAGAAGACGGACGACAACAGACCUGUUCCACUAACAAAGCAGAACAGAACCCGUACUAAACUCUAAAAAAUAGUCUUUCUAACAAAGUUUACCUUCACUAUACUACUAGAACUACUACUACUUCGUUGCGUCCACUUGUUAAAUUACUCAAAAAAGUCGACCAACAAAGUUGUUGGCGAGUUUUUACUUCAUUGACAAAAUAUUAUGAAAGUUGCAUUAAAUCGUCAAGAUCAAUACCUUUAACACUUUUUAAUAUGGCAGCUACAAUAAUCAAGACUUCCGAUUACUACGGAAUGUUUUUCAUGAUUUGUACAACAAAAAUGUGAAAAACAUUACUAGUUUUGAAAAACGUAUCUCAACUUUGGACAUGAAAAUUAUCAUUGUGAAGUAGGUUAAGCUUAUUUAUUACUAUAAUUGCAAAGAAAAUAGCCGACAAAGACGUAAGUUUAUAUUCCUUAUACGCAACAACAUCGAUCGACGAUAAUUUAUUUGUAUCUUUUGUUUCUUACAAUUUAUCACUGAAAUUAUAACCAUUAGACUGUUAGAAUGUAUGUGCAAUAAAUAUUGGACAAACAUCAUAUUAUACAUCAAGA